GUAACCAUACCACGGCAAACCAUCAUCUAGGCCGUUAAUAAAUUCUCUUUUUUUUAAUCAAACUCUAAUAAUACCCCUGUUUCGCACUUCCACUUCCAAACUCACUUCCCAAAUCCUCCUUCUGAUCAUAAUGAUACCUUUCUUCAUCCACCAAAUCGCCUGAUCUUUCAUCCUUUCAUCUCCUUCCAUUUCACUGUUCCCCUAAAUGCUUUUUAUGUAGAUCUGGGCAACAUUUUUUGGAGCUAAUUCGUAGAAACAGAUCCAAGAUUUAAUGUCAGUAGGUCCAGGAACUACUGGGGUUAGUGAAAGAUGGAAAUUUCAAGUGGACUGAGUCCUAGAGUGAUCUCAGUUACAUCAAAUGAAGGUAAAAAUGAUGAUCCAAAUCGUCAAAAAUUCGAUUUGGAAUCAGCAGAUAUGGUUUCACAGACGGUUCACCAGUUUCUUACUUUGAAUGCACUAGAGAUUUUGAGGGAAACUGUGAGAAUUUUGCGGUACAAUUCGAUAGGUUUCAUGACAAUUGCUGCAUUGUUAAUUUGCCCUGUGUCUGCUGUUGUUUUAUCUAAUGUACUGGUUUAUCAGCCGUUUGUUACGAGAUUGAGUAUAAGGUUAUUGCUUGUAGCUAAAACAAGUGGGUUGCCACUUAAGCCAUUUAUCAAGCAGUCUUGUCAUAAGUUCUCUGAUGUGGUGAUCUCAGCUGUAAUGUGCUUCCCUCUGUAUGUAACGUUGUUGUUGUUGUCAAAAGCUGCGAUAGUUUAUUCAGUUGAUUGCACUUAUUCGAGGAAGAAAUUUGAUUCGCACAAAUUUUAUGUGAUUAUGACCAAGAUAUGGAAGCGGGUUGUUGUGACUUACUUGUGGGUGUGUGUGGUGAUUGCAGGAUGUCUCACGUUGUUUAUUGUACUUCUUAUUUCUGUGAGUAGUGCUUUCUCGAUUAUGGGGUUCCCUCCAGACUUGAUUCUGUACCCCGCAAUGAUAGUAGGGAUGAUUUUCUCAAUAAUUUUAGCAAAUGCUAUUAUUAUAUGCAACAUUGCGAUUGUGAUAUCUGUUUUAGAGGAUGACUCUGGACCACAAGCAUUGUUAAAGUCGAGUUCACUCAUCAAGGGGCAGACACAAGUUGGACUUCUCAUAUUUCUUGGAUCAACUAUCGGGAUGGCAAUUGUGCAGGGUUUAUUUGAGCAUAGAGUGAAGACAAUAAGCUAUGGAGAUGGAUCUUCGAGGUUAUGGGAAGGGCCCCUUUUGGUAAUAUUGUACUCAUUUGUGAUACUUAUUGACUCCAUGAUGAGUACAGUUUUCUACUUCAGCUGUAAAUCAUAUAGAAUGGAAACCUCAAGUGAAGAAAGUCAACCUGUGCUAGAAGCUUUGACAAUUUCUUCAGCAUUAGCAGAAGUCCAAUAACAUGCUUGAAAUUUGAAUUUAAGGCUCUUGAAAUUACGGUAAGUUGCUUUGACGAUGAGGAAUUUCUACGUGAAGCCUGGAUACACAUUCAAUUCGUGCGUAUCUUGAAAAGGAAAAAGAAUGAGUUGAAUUCCUCUUGGAGAAAGUUAACAGAUGCUGAAAGUGGAUAAGUUGUGUUUUAACCUCGUUGACUACUCAUCUUAAAAGUUUCUUUGCUGAACUGUUGUCUGCUAACAUAUUACCAGAAGAAAAUCAUUUGAAAGAUGGUAAUUUUGGAUUUUUGCACAGUAAUAAUCUGUUGAAAAAUUCAGCUGAGAUUUGAAAAUUUUAAACAAUGUACGUUUUAUCAUUAACAGGUUAUAAAGAUAUCGUGAAGUUCGUUUUCUUGA